AUGUGGCCAACCGAUUCAGAUUCGGUUCAUCAUCACCACGAGUACAAAGAGAAUAAUUCAAGUAAUAUGUUGUUGAAAAAUGACACAGCUUCGGAUCCGAAUUUGACUCAACAAGAGGUGAGUCAUGAUACUGGCAGUGGUGCUGAUGGAUCGCUACCGACAAGAGGUAGUGAGGAUGAUUCCAUGAAUGCCAACAAUAGUAAUGCUGCUGGAGGAGCCUUUCAUCCGAUUGCUUGUCUUCAAUGUCGACAAUUACACAAGAAGUGUGAUAAACAAAUGCCAGCAUGCGGCACUUGUAUAAGAAAAGGAUUGGAAUGCACGUAUAAUAUACCUAAAAAAAGAGGAAAAGGUUCCGAGGCUUAUCCAACCAAAACUAAUCAAGAAAAACGAACAAAAAAGAGAAAGGAGAGCAACGACAUGGAUGUGACAACAGUCAAUACAGCAUCAACACAAAAUAAUCCAUCCUCGUCCUCAACGUCUGUAAAAAAUUCAUUCAACAGCACUCCAAGUUCUUCGCCUCAGGUUGGUCACGGCAUCUCACAACAAGAACAAAACUCUCCGCUAGUUGUCAUUGAUUAUUAUUUCACUUUCCUAUGUCAAGGACAUCCUCUCGUACUCAAGUCUCAGAUGCGUCAUUUUGUACAAACGGUUUUACCUGAACUUGAAAAAUCAUUGCAACGAAAACCACUCAAGUUCGAACAAAUUCAUCCCAAAGAUGAGGAAAAUCGAUGUCUCUAUGCAUUUUAUUUAGCUAUGCUGACAUGUUAUUAUCAAUUCACAGCCCAGCUACUUCGUGCCGAUGAAACAGCAAGAAAAACCGAAAGAGAAAUUGCCAAGUUAUCAAUAGAUUACUAUAGAAAUUUUUAUUUUGCUGGAACAUGCCAUCAAAUGUCUAUUUACUAUACAGGAGAGGGAAACAUGCAAAGAGCUAGAUAUUUUCUGGCUCUAACUGGUUAUUAUGUGAAUGAAAAUAAGAAGAGAGAGCUAUCUCCUCUCGAAAGAAAUUUGAAAAAACAUCGAGUAUUUAUUUCAUCAGAUGUUGACAGUGCCAGUAUGGACACAAUUGGUAGCUUUGGAUUUUUCCUUGAGAAGAUGCCUAGUUUGUUUGAACUGUCUUCAGACAAAAAGUUAGAAGAUGCAUUACCACCAGGUACACUCGAAUAUGUUAAAGAAGAAAAUGUCACAGCAGAUAACUACCUUAUCUAUAUGCAAAUUAUUGAGCUCGUUUUUAAUGCAAUCAAAUCUUAUAAGGUCGAGUUGAUUCGUACCGUGGUAGAUUGUCAUUCCGAGAUAUUCUUUAAAAGCCAACAUUUACAUGGAGCAUUGAUGGUAGAAGGAAUCAAAUUUGUUUUCCUUUCGAAAAUUCCAGAAAUUGCAAAAAAUCUCAUGGAAGAAAUAGCCCUCAAAAUAUCACUCAUGACCGAACAUGAACUCUUUCAAUAUGCCAAUUUAGGUGUCUCUGGAGGUAUCAUGAACGUUUCAGCCUAUCAUUUGGAAAUUUGUAAACUCAUCGAACGUGGUCUACGUCCUAGAAAAUCCACUCUCAUCACAACCUCUCAAAAAACACUCAUUCUCGACUACAUUUCGAUUCUUAAAAAAGAUUACAAGGCACUAUCUUUAUUGACACGUAAAUACAGACGUCUUUCCUCCAAAUGUCAAUCUCUCCUCGAUGAAAUGGAACAAUUUCUAUCGAGACAUGAUCCUUCGGGUAGUAGUGAAGAAUCCCAAUCGACAAAUUCUUCUUCCUCAACAGCCACAAAUAGUUCUACCACGAACUCUUCUUCAAUGGCGACAGCAGCAAUAAUGAAUGCUUUUGCUACCCCAUCAUCAUCCUCAACAUCAACCAAUCAAAUUCUCUCUUCAACAGUCAACCAUUCAUCCAAUUGUGACACUAAUCCCUCUCUCUCUUCAUGCUAUGCCAAUCAAUAUAGUUAUUAUGCGCAUCCAUCGACUCCUCCUGCAUAUAUGGAACCAACGACCAUUACUACACAUAGUAUGGGAGUACCCACUCAGAACCAUGUUGUUCUUACUGCCUUACUGCAGUAUGUGGAGAAUAUUGCAAAGAGUAUGAGAGAGCAAGCUCAAGAAGCCACUGACACACCAAUUGUCAUUCAUUCAGGAGCAGAAUCGUCAUCACGUGGUGUGGCAAGUAAUCCACGAAGUGACGAUGGAGGACAAAUGGAUUCUUUCUCUGACUUUUUGUUUUGA